CUUUAGCAUUGGCCCUGAAGCAACAAUGAGAGUGUGCUCAUUGGCGUUAACCAAAGUGGUGCCUCCUCCUCCUCAUUUGGGCAAUGGUGUGAAGUUCAACACUUUUCCUUUUCCCAUUCGCAUUGCUUCAACUCUCUCACCAAAACCCUCCCUUUCCCUCUCUACACGUCAACCAAAUACCAAUGCACACUCUUCAAAUUCACUUAAUUCCCAACAAAAUGAUGAAGAAGAAAACUUUCAAGUGCUAACAGCUCUGAAAACUGAUUACAAUGACAUACUCAUAGUGGACACCCCGAAUUCUACAAUGCUACUCCUUGAUUCAUCCCAUAGUGUUCACAGCAUUCUUUACAAGGAUCAAAAGUGGACUGGUUCCUACUGGGAUGAAUUUGCCAGCUUGCCGGCUAUUGUUCCAGAUGGUCCCAUUGCUAUCUUAGGUUUGGGUGGUGGAACUGCUGCGCAUCUGAUGCUUGACUUAUGGCCUUCACUGCAGCUUCAUGGCUGGGAGAUUGAUCAAAUUCUAAUUGAUAAAGCAAGAGAUUAUUUUGGUCUAUCUGAUCUGGAGAAAACAACAGAAGAUGGUGGCAUUUUAAAGGUUCAUAUUGGUGAUGUCUUCAUUCCCUCAGAAGAUUUGCAAAGAAGAUAUGCUGGUAUUGUAGUUGAUUUGUUCUCUGAUGGAAAAGUUUUGCCCCAACUUCAAGAGGUUAGUACAUGGUUGCAAUUACAUGAGAGACUGAUGACCAAUGGUCGUUUCAUGGUGAAUUGCGGUGGCAUUAAUGGGGGAUCAGGCGCCCUGGAUGUAAGUAUUUAUCCGGGAAAUUUUUCAAGUGAUGAAUCAUGGUUACUCAAUCCAGCACUGAAAGCACUAUCCAAAGCAUUUCCUGGACAACUAAGUUGGAAGAGAAUGCCAAAGGAAAGUGGUCAAAACUUUAUGGCACUUACAGGACCUUUGCCUGAUCUGGAAUCUUGGUCUGCUAGUGUUCCUUCUCCAUUGAGCAUAAGUGUGAAGGAUUGGAGACCUUGUGAGCUAUGGAGGAGCUGUCCAAGUUUGUACAAAGCCUGUUAUACAUCUUACAAAUGUUUGUGGUAUAAAAUCCACAAUAAGAAUUGAAUAAAGGACCAAGGCCUCUGAACUAUGAUAUUGAUACCAAAAUUUGUAAAUGAUGUAAAGGAAUACACCAAUAUAGAUGUCAAUGUGGAGCAUUUAGUUGAUACACCAACGGUGGUUGAUGAAAAGGUUUGAUUUGAAUGACAUUGAGGUUGACAUUAAGAAGGUUUAAAGUUGUUAAAUACACCAAUGUGUAUUUAACAAAUAUUAACAACAACAAAAAAAAGCAAUUGUGAAAUGCAUGGAAAGAAUGCCCAUUUUGUGU